UUACAUCUAUACGGUGUGCAUUGUUUUAAUUUUGAUGACUUUGAUAUCCUUUUGCAGAGGUGCUGGCCAAGAAGUAGGAAGGUCAUGCAUUAUUCUGGAGUUUAAAGGAAGAAAAAUAAUGCUUGAUUGUGGAAUCCAUCCGGGACUGGAAGGAAUGGAUGCUCUUCCUUACAUUGAUUUGAUAGAUCCUGCUGAGAUUGAUCUCCUCCUAAUUAGUCAUUUCCAUUUAGAUCACUGUGGGGCUUUACCAUGGUUUUUGCAGAAAACAAGUUUUAAAGGAAGGACGUUUAUGACUCAUGCCACAAAAGCUAUUUACAGAUGGCUUCUUUCAGACUAUGUCAAAGUCAGUAAUAUAUCGGCGGAUGACAUGCUAUAUACAGAAACAGACCUUGAAGAAAGCAUGGACAAGAUUGAGACCAUCAACUUCCAUGAAGUGAAAGAGGUGGCAGGAAUCAAAUUCUGGUGUUACCACGCUGGCCACGUUCUGGGAGCAGCCAUGUUUAUGAUUGAAAUAGCUGGUGUGAAGCUUUUAUAUACAGGUGAUUUCUCAAGACAGGAAGACAGACAUCUGAUGGCAGCUGAGAUUCCCAAUAUUAAACCCGAUAUUCUUAUAAUUGAAUCCACAUAUGGUACUCACAUUCAUGAAAAAAGGGAAGAGCGAGAGGCAAGAUUCUGCAAUACUGUUCAUGACAUUGUAAAUAGAGGAGGCAGAGGUCUUAUUCCUGUGUUUGCCCUGGGUCGAGCUCAAGAACUACUUUUAAUUUUAGAUGAAUACUGGCAGAAUCAUCCUGAACUCCAUGAUAUCCCUAUAUACUAUGCCUCCUCUUUGGCAAAGAAAUGCAUGGCAGUUUAUCAGACUUAUGUCAAUGCCAUGAAUGACAAAAUCCGCAAGCAAAUUAACAUCAACAAUCCAUUUGUUUUCAAGCAUAUUAGUAACCUGAAGAGUAUGGAUCAUUUUGAUGAUAUUGGCCCAAGUGUUGUGAUGGCUUCCCCAGGUAUGAUGCAGAGUGGCUUAUCCAGAGAGUUGUUUGAGAGCUGGUGCACAGAUAAGAGAAAUGGAGUAAUUAUAGCCGGGUACUGCGUUGAAGGAACGCUUGCUAAGCACAUCAUGUCUGAACCUGAAGAGAUCACAACUAUGUCAGGGCAAAAACUCCCACUGAAGAUGUCUGUGGAUUACAUUUCUUUCUCUGCUCACACAGAUUAUCAACAAACUAGUGAAUUUAUCCGGGCCCUGAAACCUCCACAUGUGAUUUUAGUUCAUGGUGAGCAGAAUGAAAUGGCCAGAUUGAAAGCAGCAUUGAUACGGGAGUAUGAGGAUAAUGAUGAAGUUCAUAUAGAAGUUCAUAAUCCUAGGAAUACUGAAGCUGUGACAUUAAACUUCAGAGGAGAAAAACUUGCCAAGGUGAUGGGAUCUUUAGCGGAUAAGAAGCCAGAGCAAGGACAGAGAAUUUCUGGAAUCCUAGUUAAAAGAAAUUUUAACUAUCACAUUCUUUCUCCAUGUGAUCUCUCCAAUUAUACAGACUUGGCGAUGAGCACUGUAACACAGACACAAGCCAUUCCAUACACCGGCCCCUUUAAUCUGCUUUAUUAUCAGCUACAAAAACUUACUGGUGAUGUAGAAGAAAUAGAAAUCCAACAAAAACCAGCCUUGAAGGUUUUCAAAACUAUUACUGUGAUACAGGAACCAGGCAUGGUCGUCCUUGAGUGGGUGGCAAAUCCUGCUAAUGAUAUGUAUGCAGACACCGUGACAACAGUGAUACUGGAAGUUCAGUCAAAUCCCAAAAUACAGAAAGCUGCAGUACAUAAAAUUUCAAAAAAAGUAGAUAUGGAUGUGUAUAAGAAGAGAAUGGAGAUCAUGCUUCAGGAUAUGUUUGGAGAAGACUGUGUGAGUUCAAAAGAUGACUCUGUCCUGUGCGUCACGGUUGAUGGAAAGACUGCGAACAUUUCACUGGAUACUCGGACAGUUGACUGUGAGCCAGGAAGUGAAGAUGACGAAUCCCUUCGUGAAAUGGUGGAACUGGCUGCACAGAGGCUUUAUGAUGCCCUCAGCCCAGUGCACUGACCUCUGUAGAUAUCUAGGACACAUCAGAAAAUUUUUUUAAAUGUUCAAUUUAUUUGGACUAUUUUUUUAAGAGUAAAUAAAUUUGUUUUCUUCAG